CAGCCGCGUCAGGGCGGAGCCUCCGGCCCGCGUCACGCGCCGCCCCCCUCUCCCAUUGGCGGUCGCCUAGUGACGUCUGUUUUCCGCCUCUCCCGGAAGUGAAGCCGCCUCCCUCCUUCUCCUCCCGCCGGGAAACGCCGGGGCUCCGCGCAGCCUCUCUUUAAAGCCCACUGUAGAGAGCCAUGGUAUGCAUUCCUUGCAUCGUGAUCCCAAUCCUGCUCUGGGUCUACAAGAGGUUCCUGGAGCCGUAUCUCUACCCCUUCAUCUCUCCUUUGAUCAAACGCCUUUGGCCCAAGAAAGCCGUGCAGGGACCGGCCAAGCCGGAGCAAAGGACCAGCUCUGAGGAGGAUUCCCUGACGCAGGAUCCCUUCGGCGAUCAGCCGGAACUUUAUGAAACCAAAAGCAAUGGCAUAGCAAAUGGAUUUCCUGGAAGUGGGCCCAAAGAAGAUUCCAAUAAAAAGACGGAUUAGUUAUGCUUCCGUUGUGGGGUCAAGGCUGUUAUUAAGAAAUGAACUCACCGUGUUGUCCCCACAUGGAUAUUUUAUUGAUUGCACAUUUAUCUGAACGGAAAUUUGUAAUAUGUAUAGACACCGGGGAGUCUUGGAAUAAUUCUAGCUGUGUCCUUGAAAAUAGUUUUAAUAUAUUGUCCUGCUGUUGUUAAAAUUGGGGGUGGCUGGAACCCCAAUGCGCAGUGCAAUUGGAGAGUGUUAACAAUGUUAGUGUCCAUAUUUUAUUAAAGCUAUAACUCUCAAUUUUGCUACUUGUUUCAAAGAAAUUCCUGAAAUCCUUCAUUGAUGAUGACCCAUAGGUUGGUUUUUUCAAGCAAAAGUUCAUGCCCACAGUAGCUAAAAAAAAAAGCAGCAUUGUAAAUAUUUGAAUACUAAUGGUGAAAAUAUUGAUAGCUACUAAUUUGCUGUUUCUAAAUUAGCAUCUGCAGAGCCGCCCUAUUGCCGAUUCCUCACAAUGAUAUAGAACGAGUAGGCAACCUUGGCUCUUUUAUGACUGGUGGACUUCAACUCCCAGAAUUCCUGAGCCAGCUAUGCUGAGGAGAAAGGGAGAGGCUUCCAAGCUGAACCAUGCUGAACUCAGGAAUUCUGGGAGUUGAAGUCCAUGUGUCAUAAAAGGGCCAGGAUUGGCUACCCUUGGGAUAGAAAAACUUUUAAAAAGCAGAUAUUAUAUGGAGGAAACAAUACCAAUUCAAUGCCACAAAGGUGAAAUGUCCUUUUUUGAUGUUUUUGAGCUUCUAAAGGUGAAACAAAGCUAAAGCUGAUAAACACAACUCUUUAUGCAAAUUCCUGUAUUUUGGUUGAUCAUGUCUACCUCCCUAAUUAGAAUAACACCCAAGGCCACCAUAGCAAAUAAACUUUACUGGUUAUUGUUGUAACUAUACUAUUUUAUCUGCAAUGUAGAUUUUCAGUUGGUGCAUUCUAAAAUCCCUGUGUGUUUUUCCUAAAGGAAUAGGGAAGUUGUAUCUCCCAUGUGAAGUAAAAAUUACACCUUACAAAUAUGCCCAGGACUCCAUUUCGAUUUAAGGCAUUUUUACAGAGAACAGGUGGGUGAUUGGGAAAAGCUCAGUGGGGAUAAGAGAGUUUAUUAUUUUUCUGAGAGAUCCAUUUUAGUGAAUAAGGAGACUACAACCCUUUGCCUAGGAAAAAUGCAAAUUUCACUGAUUUAGAAUUUGAAUAAAGUGUGAAA